ACUCAUCACCAUCUUCGUGGAUCAUCCAUGAGUUUCUCCCAUUCCACCUUCCUCCAUAGCCAACUUGCUCAACCUACCAUGACCUUCACUGGUGGGUUUGGGGAAGAAAGAAAGAACGGAAAGGAAGCCAUGGGCGGAGUUGGUCAAAACUUGUUACUCGUGAAUUUGUGUCCUCCCCCAGGAUCUGCAACUGGGUUAUUCACCGGAAAUGAUAGUAAGGGUAAUUCACAAGGAAGAAAGAGGAAGAAGAAGAGCGAGAUGGAUUUACAGAAGCCAAAAGAGGUUAUUCAUGUGAGAGCAAAACGAGGACAAGCUACUGAUAGUCACAGUUUAGCAGAGAGGGUAAGAAGAGAGAAGAUAAAUGAGAGGCUGAGGUGCUUACAAGACCUGGUUCCAGGUUGCUACAAGACAAUGGGAAUGGCAGUGAUGUUGGAUGUGAUCAUCAAUUAUGUUCAGUCACUCCAGAAUCAAAUUGAAUUUCUCUCAAUGAAACUUUCAGCAGCUAGCAUGUACUGUGACUUCAACAUGAUGGAGAUGGACUCCAUGGAAACAAUAUUGCAGGGAGCAAGCACAUAUGGGUUACAAGAGAUGGAGAAGAUGAUGAAAGAAGGGUAUGGAGGAGGAGGAGGAUCUUCUUAUCUCAAUUCAACAUGGUCUUUUUGACUUAAUAUAUUUGCAAUUUUCUUGUAUC